CCCUGACUCGACUCCUCCAGCACGACAACCGUCCCGCGGCCUUCAACGUCUGCACAGUCCACGCAUCUCGUGGUAACAGAACUGUGUCCAUCUUUUUCUUGGUUGCUUCAGGAUGUCUGCCUUCUCUAUCUUUCGGAGUCUGCGACAAGACUAGUUGCACUCGCUUUUCACCCACACGACGACAAACCUUCGUCCAAUCCGCCGCGCCACAAGACGUUCUCUUGGGUAACCGUGUUCACAUACGCCAAAAUGAUGACAAGCCCGUGACGUAUGACCUUCGGCUUCCUCGUGUGUCCGUAUUUCAUUUGCCAUAAAUUUGUUUAUCAUUCAAUUUUGUCAGAAGGUCUCAUCGAAUGUAGCGCUCCGUUGACUGCACUCACUUUGCCUGGGGACCAUGAGAUUGAAGCACCUGAUCCAUGUCCCACAUUGGGCUGCCGAGCGGCAUCUGUAGUUCGUGGGGUCACACGAUUCCUACACUGGGGAAGCGAAAACCGAAUUGUGCAGGUCACGAGCAACUUCCCUCGCGGUCGUGUAAGCCGUCAUCAAACUUUGGCCAUCCACAUGCAAAACCUUGGCCCUGUGUUAUCUUAGGUGAUGUCACUCGAUGUACUUAAAGCAUGUCGCGGACAUUUCGUCGUCCGCGACAAAUCACCGCAGACCGUCCAUGGCGAUGUUCGUCCUCUCCACGCUAACACUUCUGGCUAUUCUUUCCGUCUUGCCCCUUCUCCUGAGAUUUAUCCGACGACAUCGAUAUCGUCGUCCUCCCGGUCCAAAUGGGCUGCCGAUUAUCGGCAACUUUUUCAAUGCGCCGAGAUCAUUCGAGUGGCUGGUAUUCCAAGACUGGAGCCGUCAAUAUGGUAUCCACUUCGCAGUCGCAUGCGUAUACUAUCAAUGACGACGACAUGACCUUCUUGUCUUUUAGAUUCGGACAUUGUAUAUUUUGAGAUCCUCGGAACCCGCUACUUCGUCCUGAACUCCGCGAAGGCUGCAACUGACCUUUUAGAGAAACGAUCCAACAUAUACUCCGACAAGUGGGGGUUUGUCUACUGCUGUAUGUGUGAUAUUGACCCUUUGUGGGCAUAGGCCUGGUGAAGCGCCUAUGGUACACUUGUGAGUAUGAUACCUCCGU